GGAGGGUUUUUCUCUUGGGUGACAGAUACGUUGAAGACAGAGUAGGAAACCUGCAUACUGGACCGCCACACCCACAUGUAGUUGGUUCAAACCUUUUACAGUCUAUGGUUCAAACAUGAAUAAACCUAGAUACUACUCAACAUGAAGGCAGUGUGUUGAGUUUCCAACAUGGCGGUGAAGGCUGAAGAAAGAGCAGGACACCCGUCACUCAUGUGCUCGGCUCGUUAGCGGCUGGAAGAAGAAACAUAAAGGGCUGCAAAGAAAAUGAAAAUCAUCUCAAGCCGUUAACCUACAACUGGGGAGGAAGAGUGACGCCUAAUCCGGUUAAAGCGCUUCAUUUACGGGUUCUUUUUUUAGGCUAGGUAUUUCCUUCAAGUGAGCUAGCGUUAGCCGCCAGACGAGACACAGCGACCCGGCGGGCAGAAGCGACCUGCAGAUGAACAUCCUCCUCAGACAACCAUGACUCCUCUGCAGCAGGUGGUGCUCCGACAGACGCUCCCAUCCAUAGUCACACAGAAAGUGCAGCUAACUUAUAAGCUGUUUCUGCUGGAAAAUGCGAGGAAUACACUUGAACAGGAGCUGCUUCACUUCACAAAUAAGGCCUAUGAAGAGGUCCAAGGUUUCCUGAAUUCAUCUUUACCGGCAAAUGUAUUCUCUGACCUUGCAACGACUUUAGAUGCAAAAUGUCAAGCUGUUGUUAAGCUCUCAACUUUGUUGAAGGACCACACAGUCGGGUCACAAGUUUGUGCCAGAAAUGGAGCGACAACAAACCAUCUUAAGCCACGCAAAGACAAAAGGAUCCACAAGACAGAUGUUCUCAAGUUUGGGCCCAUGUUGCAGAACUCGCUCAUGCUGAAUUCAAUAGCCAAAGCAGUCCAGGUGCUUGGAGCCACACACUCCCUGCAGCACUUCAAAAAUGUGUUCUUCUCCCAGCCUGCAGUGGUCCAGCAAGAUGACCUGAUAACUGUAAGCUCAUCCUCUCACUUAAAAGCAGAAGAAAAUGAUGAUACAGUGGUUGUGAAGGAGAAAUGCUCACCAGAUGUUGGGGCUCCGGUACCUGCCGUCAUUCAGAGUCCUGAGAUUAGCACUAAGAGGCCACCACCACCACCGCCACUACUACUACCUCCUUUACAGGCUAUAUUCCCAGUGAUCAGAAACCCUAAACCAAUGAAAAUAACACCGCUAAUGAGCUGGGGCUGCGGCGAAGAUGUCCAGGUGCAACACCAAAAACUAACAUCCUCUCAGCUGCUCCACUUCCUCAGAGCUAAAGUGAAAAGUAUGGAGGCACUAGAGGUCACUGUCAUGGAGUGGAGUAAAAGCAUGAGCACCCCAGAUUCACCACAGCCCAUGUCACCUGCAAUCAAAACACAAACCUACCAGUUUAGACAGGUGGUGACAGAAGACCUGAUGACUGCACUGGCACCAAAAGCAUUGCACACAGGCAUUGAGAACCAUGCGCCAGUCUUCAGACGGAAGAGAGUGGAGAGAGUGGAAUCAAGUGGCUCUCUCACCUACACUUGUGUGAUUGCAACAAAGACUGAAUUGUGGGAUAUUGGAGACAUCUUCACAGAGGUGGGACAAGAUGUCCCUGAAGCACAACCCUUGGAAGAUAAAGGCUGCCAAAAUGUAACAACUCAGGUGGAGAACUCUGAAAAUAUCCAGCUGGAAUCCCAAACACACCAUCACACAGAACCAGAACAUAAGAAGAAUCCUGCUGAAGAAAAAGCGCCUGCAAUUAUCAAUACAGAAAUUCCUGAGUUUCAGGUCCGUAAGUUUGAAGAGACCGAGGUUGUGGUGUCUCAUAUAGUCAGCCCAGGAAACUUCUACAUCCAACACGCAGACUUCAUCUCAAAACUGCAGGCCCUUAUCAUGCACAGCUGGAAAGCUAGUAGCUCAUAUGCUGAGCAGAACUGCAUUCCAGACAUUGGAACUCAUGUAAUGGGCUGGUUUCCUAAGCAUGAACAAUGGUGCAGGGCUCGGGUGACCAAGAUAUGUGGUGUAAGUGGAGAUAACGACUCCACAGAUGGUGCUGGGAGCGAGAGAUCUAUCAAGGUGGAGGUGAAGCGGCUGGACUAUGGUGACACUGCCUGUCUGUCAGUGUUGAAUAUCAAGGAGCUGACCCCAGAGAUGACCACACUACCACUUCAAGCUGCAAAGGUCUCACUAGCAAAUGUGACGCCUGUGAAUGGAGGUGAUUGGUCUGAAGAGGCAGUGGGCUGGUUCCAAGCGAUGGUUCACAACAGGACGCUUUAUGCCAGACUGUACCCACAGGGGCCCAAAGUCACGGUGGAGCUGUUCCUGGAAAAGGGAAAGCUUGGAGCAAUGAGGAGGGGUGCAUCACUGUCUCUGAGGCUGGCCCAGAAUGGACACGCAAAGCACAACAAACUGAAAAACUUUGGCCCAGUGAAAAGAAGCGCUGGUCAAGUGAAAAUGAAGAAACAGGACUCGGAGUGGGAGAAAUACCUCAUCUCAUGCUAUACUCAAAACAGGGAUCACGAAGGCAGAGAAUGCUUGUAGUUUGAUGGUGUUUUGUCGAGCAUAUCUGUUAACAAGUUUGAGAUUGAAAAAUAGAAAUGUAAUGUAACAGACUAAUCUAAACUCAGAUGUUUAAUGGUUCUUAAAAAGACAUACAAAAAAUCCAGUUUUGUUGACCAUCUGUGUUCAAGUGAACACAGUAUUCAUUGACUAAUUGCUGAGAUUGGCACUCUGCAGUACAAAAAAAAAAUCAGACAUUAAAAUAGAAAUGAAAGUUUUGAAUGAAGACUAUCAGUAUUGGCUGUUUAAGUACACAUUAAGUUGCAUCUAUCAGCUGUCUUUUGUUUUAUAGUGUUUUAUAUUGCAGUUCCUGCAGUCAUAGCUAUGUCUAGUGAGAAGAGUGUAAGCGUCUACUCUCUAUAUUUGUUGUUGUUUUUUUACAUAUGUUCUCAUUUAGAGUCUUUAACUGUUACUGUGGUGUCUAAAACAGUGACAGAAAAGUGUCAACAUAUUUCUGAACAACUUACUUUGGAUGAAGGAUGUACAGAGAUAUAAUUCAAUUGUGACACUUUGUUUUUGAAUAUUCUAUAUUGUAUGAUAAUAUGUACACUCAAAAGCAUGUUCCUUUAUUUUGAGAGAAUGCCACUUAAUUUACUGUCUCUCUGUGAUGCUUAAAUUGAUCUGUUUUGCAUAUACAGUAGGUCUGUAGUUAUUUACUUUUAAAAACCACUUUCCUUUUUGUUCUUAUCUUUAUUUACAGUCCCAUUGCCUUGGUCCAUCUUAAGUUCUUGUAAAAAGGCAUUCAUACUUUUGACUGAAAAUUAUAUCCAUUCCUGAUUUCAUAAUAAAACUUUAUCUUCAUGA